CCAGGUCGCUUUCUUUACUAUUUCCCCCACCGCGCUUGGAGUGCACUCCACACACGGUGCUCGGAGAGAAGUUCACACGGCCGCGGUGGUCUCGUCGCCGUCCCGGUCCGCGCGUCGCGGUUCUCACAUGACCGGCCCGCGGUAGUUUUCACGGUAAUUGCCGCUCGGUUUCUCGGCCGUUUCAGCGGGGUCUCUCUGCUCUGCCGAGUGAUAAGAGACCAGCCAGCGGCCCCGGUUGAUAAUCGUGUCCCCGCUCGCCCUCUGCCUGCCUAGCGUGGCCAUGGCCGUCGUCGUCUGCGUCACCGGCGCCGGCGGCUUCAUUGGCUCCUGGAUCGUCAAGCUCCUCCUCGCCCGCGGCUACGCCGUCCGCGGCACCUCCCGCCACGCCGAUGGCCCCAAGAACGCGCACCUGUGGGCGCUCGACGGCGCGGCGGAGCGGCUGACGAUGGUGCAGGUCGACCUGCUCGACCGGGCCAGCCUCCGCGCCGCCUUCGACGGAUGCGACGGCGUCAUCCACACCGCGUCGCCGAUGCACGACACCCCCGAGGAGAUCAUCGAGCCGGUGAUCACCGGGACGCUCAACGUCGUGGAGAUGGCCGCCGACGCCGGCGUCCGGCGCGUGGUUCUGUCCUCCACCAUCGGCACCAUGUACAUGAACCCCCACCGCGACCCGGACGCGCCGCUCGACGAGUCGUGCUGGAGCGACCUCGACUACUGCAAACAAACCAAGAACUGGUACUGCUACGCCAAGACGAUCGCGGAGCGGGGCGCGUGGGAGGCGGCGCGGGCGCUGGGGCUGGACCUGGCGGUGGUGAUCCCGGUGGUGACGCUCGGCGAGCUGCUGCAGCCGAGCAUGAACACCAGCACCAAGCACAUACUCAAGUACCUCAUCGGCGAGGCCAAGGCGUACGUCAACGAGUCGCACGCCUACGUGCAUGUCAAGGACGCCGCCGAGGCGCACGUCAGGGUGCUCGAGGCGCCCAAUGCCGGGGGACGGCGCUACGUCUGCGCAGAGAGGACGCUGCAUCGCGGCGAGCUCUGCCGGAUCCUCGCCGGGCUCUUCCCGGAGUACCCGAUUCCCACAAGAUGCAAGGACGAGGUGAAUCCGCCAAAGAAGGGUUACAAGUACACCAACCAGCCUCUCAAGGACCUGGGCAUCAAGUUCACCCCUGUGCAAGAAUACCUCUAUGAAGCGGUGAAAUCUCUGCAAGAGAAGGGAUUCAUACACAAGGCUUCCGGCACCAAGGUGCCUGCUAGUAGAGGGAGCUCGCUGCCUCAGAAUUCAACGGCGCCCAUGUUUAUGUCGAAACUUUGAUGGGCUUCUGCACAAAGUAACAAUGCAGUUCGCCGUCAAGGGAAUUGUAAUUCAUUCGAUUAAGUGAUAAGUAUGUUGCUGGCCAGUUCUUGUAUGUAGCUGCCAACUUUGUGUAGGAGCGCCGUACGUGUUGGCCUGCACUGUUGCCUGGAACAGCACACUGCUACAGAGCAACUUCAGUGAUACGUACAUGCCAAAUAUUUUCCCUGGUCGAUGUCCUUCCCCCAGAAUCUAGUUGUUCAUCUUGUCUGACUCAGCGGGUACAACAAACCGAUCAACUUAGGCAACAGUGCAUACAAUGCGUGCCCUCUUUCAAGCCUCGUUCGUAGAGGUUAUACUGUUUUGGCCAUAGCUUCUGCUUGUUGUUCGUGAUGAUCUUGUGUAUGCGCUUUCUCUGACUCCCAUUCGUAUCUUGUGUAUGCAUACCUGUGGAAUCAGUUUCA